UUUACGGGCGGGAAGAGCGAACUGACUGGAAGCUAGUACUGUGUUUAAAAUCGGCCGCACAUUUUCUCUUAAAUUCUCCUCUUCAUGCUGGUGCUUUUGCAGGAUUUAAUGGUGCAUUGCGAGGACUUCUUCUAGCGGACCUUUGCAGAGAAAAACGACAGGAUUUGUUCCCUCUUUUUUGACCAGAUGGAGGAUCCUCCUGCAGAUUCAGACCAGGGCCCCGUGGUGCAGGUGGCUGAGAUCCGCUGGCCGCUUACAGCUCUCCCUCUUCGGCUACUGGAGUGGAAAGUGAAGCCUGGAACUCUGGUGAAUGUGGACUCUGUGUUAGCCCUGUGUGCUCCUAUAAGCCAGGAUAAAGGCGCAGAAACAGCCAGGCUACCCGAGAAAAAGGUGAAAGCAGACCGAGCUGGAGUAGUGAAGGAGCUGUGCUGUCAGCUGGGACAAGUCAUUCCUCCAGGGGGUGUCAUCAUCAGAAUAGAAGAAUGCAGCCAUCCCAUAGUAAUGAAGGGUCUAUGUGCCGAAUGUGGCCAGGACCUGACUCAGUAAGACAUGCAAACACACUCACACUUUAAUACAACUAAACAGAAACAUCAAUCAAUGCUCAACCGCGGUGACCACUGUCUGGAGCACAACUGUUUUCUGGAUCCUGAAAAGAAGCUUUUCUCUCAUCGGAUUCUUUCCAGAGACGAAUGCAUCGACCCGUUCUCCAAGACGGGGAAUCUAAG